GAAAGAGACUUCCCCGUCAAUUCAAUAUUGUAUGGGAAGAGCACGUUGAACCAAAUGGACUUUCUAGAAAUCCACAAAAUUGUUGUGGAUCAUUUUUUGUUGUACGUUCUGUUAUUUGAAAAGGGGGAAAUAGAAAAUUCAAUGGAAUUUUCGAGUGUCAUAACAAAAAUCAUUAACUCAUAUUUUUCUGACUACUCACCAAUAACUCAACAAAUCACUCAAAAUUCGAACGAUUCGGUCAAGAUUGGAAUAGCUGGGAUAUAUAGGGGACUUUUUUCGAGCUACAAAAAUGUGUUGAAGGACUCAGUUGAUGACGACGAUGCCGCAAACGUCGAGAAAAGCCUCGCUGCAAUAUACAGAGCGGCUGCGUCCAUUGACGAACAGGCGACUAUUCUACUCCAGUUCCUUGGAGAAAUGCUGAAGGUCAAUGAAUGCAACUGCUCUGUGGAAAGCGUCACGUGUCACUCUUAUUUUUUACUCCAAUUUCCAGACUUAUUAAUGAAUGAGGAGAAUAUUAAAAAUGUAAUUGUCGACAAUGUCAAUAAGUUUUAUAUUAAGGCACUCCAGGUGGGAACAACUGUUGGAACGAAAUGCCCGGUCAUUCCCGCGCUCACGCGAUUCUUUAUGUAUCUUCCUGUCCAAAGCGUCAUGCAAAUUAUUGAUUUCUGUGUACAACUUGCGGCACACAGAAAAAUGGUUGAGGAGGUGAAAGAGGCCUUGUUGGAGUUCCGAAAGUUGAAAGACGCAGUUCAGCCAUUGCAACAAUGGGCUGUGGAGAUGGUAAAAACAACACUUGUUAUCGACGACACUGAAUGGAACACAAAGAAGUUAUCAGAACACCAAGAUGUAUAUACCAUUAUCGGGUGUGUGACUAGCCCACAGUUACUGGGAGAUGUUAUUGCUUCGCUCUUUCUUCCACAAAUCAACAAGUGCAAUUUGGCAUUCACACAACCAGACGUCUAUUUUUCGACGGCUUAUAUUGGAAGCAGACUGUCUUUCUGCUCUACAUUUUUGAAAACCAAUUUGUUCUUCAACAAAACUGAAAUAUCGAAGUUGUUUGAAGGGUUCUGUCCAGUUAUGUUGAAAAUAGUCAACAGCGAAGUCCCGAUCAUCAAAGAAGGGAUCAAAAAGUCUAUUAUCGAGUUUUUGAAUGUGUGGGUUUUGGCACUUGGCGAUAACUUCAGUGUUGUACCACCUUUACGCGCGAUCUUGGGGUGGUUUGGGACAGAGGCUGUCGACGCAAUGAUUGUUGGGUCAAGUGUGUUACAGAUGGUGACGAAGCAAGAGAAGAUCAAGAGUGUUAUUGUGAACGAUGAGUAUUGUGGUGUGGUGCAGUACUUUAUCAACAGUUUGAGUGGCAUCGAACAUUUGAAUUUGGGGAGUGAACUUUUACAUGAGAAAGUUGAGACGAUGGGAAUGGUGUUUAAGAUGAUCAAUUUGCCGAAGAGUGUUGUGGUAGUGCUCAAUGGAAUUGAUUUUACUACUUUUAUAUCUAGUGUUAUGGUCUCGAUAGAGAAGUUGAAUUGUUUUGAACUGGCGAAACAGUUGUCUGGAUAUAUUGUGAGGAGUAUUACUUUGUUUAUAGAAAGUAACGGAGUGAUUGGAAAGAAUGUCGGGAUGAACGUUUGGCUCAUGUUAUUUGCACGACUUGUAUUGAAGACGAAAAACACAAAAAAUUUUGGGAUGAAUAUGGCAGUGGCUGAGUGCUUUAGAGGGAUUUUGAAAGUGUGUGUUGAGUGUAACGGGUUUUCAAAAGUGCUUGAGCAAUUUGUUGUGAGUGGCGUGCUUGGAGAACAACAACAAAACUUUGUUGUCAUAUUACAACGCGUAUUUGCACUCCAUCCGGAGCAAAUCACAACCUCAAAGGUAAUGAAUAUCCUCAAAGUGUAG